CCCACUUCCACGCUCCCCAAGAGAUGACUCCUUGACGACCUGGCGACGAUACUGUACAACUGUAAGACGUUGAAAUGAGAACACAAACAUGCGACUGUUCUGUUCUGAGUGAGGUCUUGUCCUUUGUCAUGUCAUGGCAGGUUUGUGUUCAUCAUCUCGGCGCCCUCCACUCCUUCCUUUGCCUCGUCUUGUCUGUCCCAAAAGGGAAACAAGCCGGCCAUGAGUCAAGCACCGGUAGGCCGCACUCACAUUCCGGCACGUGAAGGUCCUGCCUGGAUCCAUCUACUGCCGUUGUGUGUGUUGUUUAUGUCAGCCUGAGCAUCUCAUGGCAGCCGAGGAGCUUCGCCACAUCUUCAGCUAUUCGCCGCCCUGGGAGCUCGGUCAGCAGCGCCUCAACAAAGACAUCAUGGCCCACGCACCGGCCCACUACACCCACCUCAGCAUCGACUGGGACGACCAGACGACGCGGUCACUAUGGGAGAAGAUGCCGGACAGUGCGGCUCGCCAGUGGGGCGAGAGGGCAGUGAACCUCAAGGAACUCCUGGUGCGCUUCCCGCGUGGCUUCUCCCGCUGGCGUCGGACGACUUGGAGAUAG